AUGUGCAAGUGAUAUCUAUUUUACGUGCCAUUUCCUCGAUGCUUACAUCCAUGGAAAUCAUCUCGUUUGCCAAUUCUGGUACGAUGGUUGAUACUAUCGCAUAAUGCUACAGUACCUAUCUUUCGACCUCCCCUAUAUUAGUUACUCAUAAUACCUUGAUUACCUAGUUUAAUAUAUUUAUAUAUCUUAAUCGACCAUUCUUGCGAACCUUGAGAAGUCAGCGUUUCAACCGUGUAACGUUUCAUACCGCACCUAAAAUGUCAGCGACUCCCAAGUCCAAGUUCUCGCAUCUGCCACUCAGUACCAGUGGUCCGAUAGAAUGCGCAGUAUCCGGAACAGUCUUACUGAACACUCCUUACUUCAACCGUGGCUCGGCACACUCGGCUGAAGAGAGACGCGAGUUUAACCUCACGGGUCUACUACCGACCAGCAUCCAAACUCUAGAACAGCAGGUUGAGCGUGCAUAUGAGCAGUACGUUUCGAGACAUGAUGAUCUGGCCAAGAACACCUUCUUGACAUCGCUCAAGGAGCAGAAUCUGGUCUUAUACUUCAAGCUUUUGCAAGACCACCUGAAAGAAGUUUUCAGUGUUGUAUACACUCCAACCGAAGGCGAUGCGAUCCAAAACUUCUCCCGGCUAUUCCGACGACCUGAGGGGUGUUUUCUUAACAUCAAUGACAUCGACAGAGUCCCGCAUGAUCUAGCUCAAUGGGGAAGACCUGAGGAUAUUGACUAUAUUGUCGUCACAGAUGGCGAAGAGAUUCUCGGAAUAGGGGACCAAGGCGCAGGCGGAAUUCUCAUUUCAGUUGCAAAGCUCGUGCUCACUACACUCUGCGCUGGAGUGCAUCCUAACCGAACCUUGCCUGUCGUCCUGGAUUGCGGAACAGACAACGAGAAUCUACUGAAUGAUGAUUUGUAUCUUGGCCUCCGCCAGAAACGGGAGAGGGGGGAGAAGUACGACAAACUUGUCGAUACCUUCGUUCAGUCUGCCCGCAAACUCUUCCCACGUGCUUAUAUUCACUUUGAAGAUUUCGGGUUGACGAAUGCACGCCGAAUUUUGGACCAUUAUCGACCUAAGAUCCCCUGCUUCAACGACGAUGUACAAGGCACUGGUUGUGUAACCUUGGCGGCUAUCAUGGCCGGACUACACGUAGGCAAGCAGAAGCUCCGGGACACCAAGAUCGUCAUCUUCGGUGCUGGAACCGCCGGUGUCGGCAUUGCUGACCAAGUCCGCGACGCCAUUGCCACCGAGAAGGGUAUCAGCAAGGAAGAAGCAGCAAAACAGCUCUGGCUCAUCGACAAGCCCGGCCUCCUAACCACCCAAACACAACUCGACCCCGGCCAACGCACCUACGCCAAAGACGCCUCCGACUGGACUAACAAAGAACGCUCCCUCCUCUCUGUAAUCAAAGAAGUCCAACCAAACGUCCUAAUCGGAACCUCCACAGUCCCCAAAGCCUUCACCGAAUCCAUCAUCAAAGAAAUGGCCGCCGGCACCCCCCGCCCCGUAAUCCUGCCCCUCUCAAACCCAACCCGCCUCCACGAAGCCGUUCCCUCCGAUAUCCUAAAAUGGACCAACGGCCGCGCCCUCGUCGCCACCGGUUCCCCCUUCGACCCCGUCACCGGCCCCUGGGGCACAAACGGAGCGGAAAUCGAAAUCGAAGUCGCGGAGUGCAACAACUCCGUCGUGUUCCCCGGCAUCGGCCUCGGCGCCGUGCUCUGCCGCGCAACCAAAGUCACUGAUAAAAUGCUCGUCGCAGCCGUUCGCGGCGUCGCGGCCCUGAGCCCCGCGCUGAGAGACGACACCGCGCCUUUGCUCCCCGGCGUUGAGGACGUGAGGGCUGUCAGUGUGCGUGUUGCGCGCGAGGUCAUCCUGGCGGCUGUUGAGGAGGGGGUGGUGACGGAACAAGGGAUACCGAGCGUGGUGGAGGGGGAGGACGGGUUGGAUGAGUGGAUUAAGGAGCAGAUGUGGGAGCCGGUGUAUCGCCCGUUGAAGAGGGUUGAUGUUGAGGGCGCGAGUCGGGCGGCGAAGGCUGAGUUGAAGGUUGUGGGGAGUUUGGAGGUUGGGGGUGGUGCUGGGGAUGGGACUGGGGAUGGGGGUAAGAGGGAGAGAUAG